AUGAAUCUCUCUCUCGCCAUUGCAACACUCGCCCUUUCUGCUCAGACAAGCAUUGCUGUUCUCCGGAACGGCGCAUUGUCAACGGAUGUCUUCAUCCCUACUAAGAUUUCGUACCUGGCUCUCGUGGAUGAUUCCUCCUUCACGGAGUCUAUCAAAAAGUCUAUGAUGGACGCCCUUCAAGAAUCUGGUAUGGUGUCGAUCACUGACAUUCCUGGAAAACAAGUCAAGGAUAAAGCCCUCUCUUGGGACCUUCAAGCCUGUCUCCAAGAUUCUGAGGCCGCCAAGGAGCAUACCUUCCAGGAUGGAACAGUUCGCCGUACACUUGCUACACAUACCGUACCAGGUGGAGCCCAGAACAUCGAUCAUCGCUCGGAAUCGCCUUCUUGCGAGGCCUUCUCAAAAGCUGUCGACGACUUUCGUUCGAGUUCUGCCCAAGCCACUCAAGCUUUUGCCAAGCGACUUGGAAGCCUAUUGGAAGAAUCUGAAGAUGUCCAUCAAGAUGGAGCCCUUCUUUCAACAGCUGAAGGAUAUGAAUUUUCGGCGUUCUCUGACGUAGUGGAGAAUGGGGAGCAUUUGGAACAUUUUCAUUCCUACCAGAAAAACUCCAACCAGGCUUCUGAAGAAACCGUCGCCUAUCACACAGAUCAAGGCCUCUUUAUUGCCUUUACACCUGGGCGUAUGGUGCGGGACCAGCCCGGUCAUGUCGAGAUCUCUACCGGGUUCUUCAUUGAACUUCCAAGUGGAGCACGUGUUCACGUCAAAUUUGAUGAAAACGAUGAUCUAGUUUUUAUGCUCGGAGAUGGCGUGAACCAGUACGUGAACCCCAUGCUCCUCGACAAGACCCAUGCUGCCGUCACCUUGUUACGAGCAACCCCCCAUGCCUUGACUAUGCCCGAACACUCGAAAAAUGUAGCUCGUGUCUGGUACGGACGCAUGGUUCUUCCGCCCGCGUCAGCUCUUCACCCCAAACAUGGAAAAUCUUUCGGGCUUCUCCGAGAAGAAAUGAUCGACGCAUCUAUCAACAAUAAUAAUGAGCAUGCUCUUAGUUUUGGGUGCUCUUCCUCUUCCAUGACUGCCCGUCAACUUGAAGAGACAUCCUGCGAAGAGGGUACCUUGCUAUGCUGGCAUCGCUGCAUGGACAUUGCAGAGGCUGGCGUGAGCCAAGAAAUUUGCGCAGCCCAAAGCCUUGACCUGCAGUGCAUCAACCCUCGUGGACAACUCUGGGACAACACCCACGGUGACUUCUUCCCUGGUUGCGCAGAUGCCAAUAGCACGGAAUUGAAUACUCCCUAUCCAUCCCUACCUGGAAUUCCUCGAGACAAUGGAACCUGCUCUACCGAGGAAUGGGACGCGUUUGUCUCAUCCGCAAAUUUCAACAACUCAUUUGAAGUGGGUAAGAAUGGAAUCUUUAUGUGGGACGUUCUCGAAAGUGGCCAAAUCAAGGGAAGACUCGCCUAUAAUGGCUUGCUUGGAUAUCUCGCGUUUGGCUUUGCGAACGUUGGGGGAAGUAAGAACGGAAUGCACGGCGCUACAAUUCUAUUGGCAAUCCCUGGCGAUAACUAUACUGCCACUGAUGGGUUCGAGUUGGACGCUGGGCCCUCGGUUCAGGAAUUCGUCAUCAGCCCUGAUCCUGCCAAGAGCUCGUUUCGCUUUUGGAUGGAUCCAGUCAACGAUUUUGUCGCAACGGCUCGCCAGAGUUCGGAAAUUGAUUCUCGUAGUGUUGAGUCUACCGAGUGUUUCACUGCUCUCACCUUCCAAGCCACCUCUAUCAAUGGUAUUCCCUUCGAUCUCGAGGGAACGGACGAGCUAAUUUGGGCCGCCAAUGGUCAAGACUUCUUUGCAGGGUAUCAUGGGCCUGACGAUCGUUCGCGUUUCUCAAUCGACUGGUCUACCGGGGAGGCCUUGGCGAAUACUGGAGAGACGGCCCCGCCUCCACCGGAAGAGGGAGAUCCUGCCGAAACGUCUUCGGGAUCUUUCUAUGUAUCCAAAACUGGUAUCGCUUUAGUUGCAGCACUCAUCUCCAUUGCUGACUUCAUUUAA